GCGGGGACUAGUCUCGUCCGGAGACUGGCAGCAGCAGCGGCGGCGGCAGCGGCGGCGGCGGCCGGAGCUCGAGCUCGAGCCCUAGCGGCUGAGGGCGGGCGGGCGGGCGCGGGGGAGGGAGGGGGCCGGUCCGCGAAGACUCUCGGACGGCCUUUCUCCUCGGAGCGGCGCCGGGUGCGGCUGUGGGGGGGCUGGGGUACAGCCCAUCCAUGACCAUGGGCGACAAGAAGAGCCCGACCAGGCCAAAAAGACAAGCAAAACCUGCCGCAGACGAAGGCUUUUGGGAUUGUAGCGUCUGUACCUUCAGAAACAGUGCCGAAGCCUUUAAAUGCAGCAUCUGCGAUGUGAGGAAAGGCACCUCCACCAGAAAACCUCGGAUCAAUUCUCAGCUGGUGGCACAACAAGUGGCACAGCAAUAUGCCACUCCACCACCCCCAAAAAAGGAGAAGAAGGAGAAGGUUGAGAAGCAAGAUAAAGAGAAACCUGAAAAAGAUAAGGAAAUUAGUCCUAGUGUUACCAAGAAAAAUACCAACAAGAAAACAAAACCAAAGUCAGAUAUUCUGAAAGAUCCUCCUAGUGAAGCUAACAGUAUACAAUCUGCAAACGCUACAACAAAGACCAGCGAAACGAAUCACACCUCAAGGCCCCGGCUGAAAAAUGUGGACAGGAGCACCGCACAGCAGUUGGCAGUAACUGUGGGCAACGUCACCGUCAUUAUUACAGACUUUAAGGAAAAAACUCGCUCUUCCUCGACAUCCUCAUCCACAGUGACCUCCAGUGCAGGGUCAGAACAGCAGAACCAGAGCAGCUCGGGGUCAGAGAGCACAGACAAGGGCUCCUCCCGCUCCUCCACGCCAAAAGGCGAUAUGUCAGCAGUAAAUGAUGAAUCUUUCUGAAAUUGCACAUGGAAUUGUGAAAACUAUGAAUCAGGGUAUGAAAUUCAAAUCCUCCACCUGCCCAUGCUGCUUGCACCCCUGGAGAAUCUUCUGUGGACAUCGACCUCUUAGCGAUGCUGCCAGGAUAAUUUCUGCUUGCCAUGGGCAUCUGGCCACCAAGGAAUUUCGCACCCUGACGAUUACUCUUGACACUUUUAUGUAUUCCAUUGUUUUAUAUGAUUUUCCUAACAAUCAUUUAUAAUUGGAUGUGCUCCCGAAUCUACUUUUUAUAUAUAUAUAUAAAAAAAAAAUCUGCUGUGCACAAUUUUCCAUGUACAUUACAACUGGUAUUUUGUUUUGUUUUGUUGAGGGUUGGGGGGGAGGGAAGUUUUAUUUAUUGUGUUCACAAACUCCAUCCUUUCAGCAUAUCCUCUUAAGUUUAGUUCUUUCUUGCAGUUAUACUAUGUACUAUCAGUUUUGAUAUAACUAUAUAUAUAUAAAUAUAAAAUUAUAUAUAAAGGGUUAUUUGAAACCAAUUCAUGGCAACGCUGGUGCUUGAUACACUGUGAAGUGAAUACAACAUUGAAUAGUUACAGAUCUGGGACAGUCCCUUCUAUGAAAGUGCUGAAAUUGAAUUAAAUCAGUCUUACAUGAAGUAUGUUCCAGCCCACAAGGGAACUUGACUCAUCUGUCUAUAAACAGUACUGGAUGAUAUAAAAAUAUAUAUAUUUUUAAACUAUGUGAUCUCAAAUUUAAUGACUGCUCCAGAUAGUCUGCAUUUUGCAAUGGGAUAACUGACAAAUCACAAGUGGUUUAGUUGGGGAGGGCUUUGAUCAUCCAAAAGAAAUUAAACUAGCUCCAGAAUGCCAAGUAUUCGUGUAAAUUACGGUUACAUGUUAACAUUGCUGUUCUCACUUAAUUCAUGAAAAUACAGUGUUCUGUACCUCGAAUUCCAUCCAUUUUCCAGACUUCUAUUCAUGUCUGAGAUAAAUCUAGAAGUUGUCUUUUAGUUUUAGGAUUAAACAGUCUAAAACUGCAUUUUUGGCCUAUACCAUACUUGGAACCAGUCCCAUGUUUCCAUUUUUCACAUGACUUUGCAAGGGUGGUUUUUGUUACUGGAAUUUGUUUGUGUCAUGUUCCCUAGUCCCUCACUUACCAGUGUUGUGAGAAUUCAUUUUUCUUUGGUACAACCUACUAUUGUUUGUUUUACUAAACAAAUACUAUGAACUACACAUCAGUCCCAACAUGGAGCCCUGUAGUGUGUAGACAUUUCCCAGUACCCUGGGAAAGGACUCUGGUGGUGAAUGGCCAGGAUGCAGGGAAAACUCAUACUCAUGGUGAGAGCAAACACACAUGUGAUCUUUGUCUUCCUUGACAGGGAGUGAACCCCCCCCCCCACGUUUUACUGCCUUGCAAAACAAAAACAAAAAAAAAUAUAUCAAAGACCGCUAAUACACUACCAUCUAUCAUUUAAAAAACAUUUUGCUUUACUUUUAUUUGGAUUUGGGGCUCUGCCUCUGUUUGACUUCUGUGUUCAUGUCCACUGAGUUUGUAGUACUUUGGAGUCAUUUCAAACCUUGUUAACCUUCCUUUAUUUGAUCUUUAAAGACUCACGAAAGGGCAUAUGAUGGAAUGAAGCACCACAUUUUGGUGUUAAAGUGGCUUGCUUAUUAAUAGAAGUAACUUCUGUGGAGGCAACAAGUAAAAAGAAAUUAACAGCUUGAAUUGAGUAGCCAACAGUAAAGGUUCCUUUCACAUUUACAUUAAAACUAUCCCAUAGUCCACUAAUUACCAUAAUUUAAAUUCUGUUCUUAAAAGGUCUAGAUUAUAAAGCAGUGCCAUUUGUUGCUGUGGUCCUCUCAAAUGCAUGGACAAUGUUCCCCUCUUUUUAAACUAAUGCUUGUAUCUGGGAUGCAAGCUGUGCUUAUCUUUUUAAAUACCUUUUUAAAGUAUUUAUUAAUGAACCAAAGGAAAUUAGGUGCUCUCUACAAGCAUCAGAAUAUAUAAUACAUAGUGAUUUGACUAUGACUUUUAAAUCCACAUUUUAAUAUUAGUGGGAUAUUGCAAAGACAUUCCUUCUAAAGUUUUAAUAUUCCUUUUAUUAAGGGUCUCAGGGAGGGUAAAUUAGUCAGCCAUAUUUAUUUUCCAGAGGUGUAAGAAAUUGCUAAGUUUUUAAUUAACUUUUUAAAAAAAUUUAAAUGCCACCAAACUUGUGGGUUGCACUGCUUUUUGAACCAAUAAUUGUUGGUAUGCACUUUGUCCAGAAACACUGUGUACUUUUUCAAAAACAGUUUCAUGUAAAGUGAUUGGACCCCUAGAUUAGUGGAAUAGCUGAUGAACCAGCUACUCAUAGGCUGCUAAUUAACUCAUUGCCAAUGUUUUGGUUUUUCAAUUUUGCCUCCGUGAUAAAUUAAAGAAUGGGGAGAGGUGAAGGAAGGGGAGGUGGAUUGCUUUUGAACAGGUGGGAUGAACUUGCUGUUUUGGUAGGAGCUAUAGUUGCAGUGGGAGUUACCUAAGCAAUCAGAUGUUAGAAGACCGCCCUUUAGCUGCAGUUCUGUUGGGGUAGUGAAGUGGUAGGUAUUUUUAGACUUUUAAUUUCUGAAGUUGUUGACACCCCUCAGGCAUGUAUUCUGGAAAUGGAAUUCCUCUUUCUGCCUUUGCAGUUGCCCUACAAUUAGUAGGCAGUGCAUAAAAACACUAGUGUAGGUUAUAAAGAUAUAUAUUAAAAGAGGACCAGAAAUACUUGGUAUUCAGUGGCACAGAAAGCAGGUUAAAAAAAAAAAAAAAAAAGCACAGUGUUAUGCUUGCAAGUUUCCAUUUGUUUUAAUACAACACACUCACACUUGUGUGUGCCUGGGCACACUCAAGAGCUUACCUGACUUGUUCUGCUUGAGUCAUGCAAUUUUUAAAAAAGAUAAAGGCAUCUUGACACCUAGAAAACAUUUUAAUCAAAACCUUUCAGUUUCAAUCUGAAUAUUUAAGAGAUUGGCAAAAGCUUCUGUGAGUUUUAUUCCACUAAGAUGUUUUACCUGCCUUAUCGAGACCAUUCUCAGUCUACUUUUUUAAGCUACCGUAUCUUAAAUUAUUGAAAAUUUAUUAAUUGCUGAAUAUAUAAUAACCUUUGCUUGUAUGUAACCGAAAAUGGUUUUAAGAGCCAACAUUUAGAGUAUGACAAUGGAGCUGAACAGUUUUUAAUGCGCAAGCAGUUCUGUUCUUGUGUAUGACUUGUAACCUUAAUUUACUGUGUAAAGAUGGUUACAUUAUUUCCUUAGCUUUGUUUGUUGGAGACAAAUAGAGAAUGCUUGUUAAGUAUGUCAAAACAUAAUCUUGUGAAUUUUUGUUAAUGUAUUAUACGAGCUAUAUUUUCCAUUUGCCCAGAAAGACAGCUUGUAUAACGCUUUUGGAAGUUUUCUGCUCUGUAACGUCUUUAGAGCUGACAGUCUGUUAGGUUUGUUUUUUCUUCAUGCUAAAGUGUCAGUUGGUGGUUUUGUGAACUGGUCAGAAAUUCACAGGUCUUAAAUGUUUUGGGGGAAAUUUAUAUUGGACACUGCUCUUUGUCUAGCAAAUAAAAGAUGUUAAUAUAUUCCUGUUACUGGCAUGUGCACGACUAUGUUAUUAGAAGCCACUUUAUCAUUUUCCUGCUUUAAAUAGAAAUGUCUAUUUAUGAAUUCUGCUUGUAGUUUUUUCACAAAUAAAAUAGUAAAAUUUACA